AUGUCAUCGGUGCCCUUGUUCGCCGGGAGGAAUAUCGGGGAUAUCAGGUACCUGGAUGAAGGAAGUAUGUUAGCUGUGUAUACCAAGUAUAACAUGUCGAAGAACAUCCUCCAGGAUUCUCACAGUCAAUGUCCACCCGUCCGUACUUCGAGUCUUGACGAAGUUGGCAAUGUUAGUGGCCAUUGUCAACUGGUUGGUGGCUUUGACUCCCUGCGGAAAGUGGUUCCGAGGACUUUCAUGAAUUCCCAAACUCAUAUUCGGUUAGAACGCCGUCUCUUCCACAUUCUAGUCCCUAUCAGAGUUUUCCAAUUUCAAUCUCCUCUCACCACUGGUGCUAGCAUGGGUUUCCUUCCUUGGCACUGGCUUCUCCUGGCUCUAACGCACGGCGGCCUCUCUUGCAGUUGGGCGUCCAACUCUCCAAUUCCAGCGGUUGCAGUGCCGAGCCUGCUGAAGAGCUUUGAUCCGAGCAUUCGCUGGUAUAUAGAACAACAAAAUGUCAGUACCAAUGAUAGGGUCCAUACAGGGGGCGCGAUCCAAGGACGGAAGAUCAAAACUUCCAGCAGCGAUCCGUACGUAUCGUAUGCUAGCACUAGCCAUUUGACUAAGGAAGAAACCUUCAUGUUUACCUGGGAGCUCUGUAUGUACAACUGCUCGCAGGACCCGACGACAGGCCACGAAACGGUUGGGAAUCACGAUGCACGCCUCCGCCAGCUCUACUUCUCCAUUAAGAACAAUACUUCGCCGCCAGACUUUGUCGCUGCAACCGAGGAUAACACCAGCAACAAAGUCGCUAGCUCGGGCUUCACUCUAGAUAUGCGGCGUACACCCAGUCCUUGCAAGGUCAAGAUUGACUCCUCAGAUGCAGUAAGUAUUUCCGCCGCCUUGGCCUCUGUUGCCUGUGCAUCCCGAGCCGCACAGGGAUGGGCUGCCCAAGCCCAUCAUCUGAGAGUGCACCUUCUACCACCUAAUCGCUGA